CCCUUAGGGAUGCGUGGGCCUGGGCUAUAAUGAUUGCAACUGUUUCAGCUUGGAGUGAUGAUGCAUUGUCAGUGACCCUAAUGGAUAUUGUAGCAACCCUUCCUGCAAAGCCAGUGGUUUAUGGGAUCCAUGGACCCAUCUGUGAGGUCGUGAGGGCACCGCCGGCUGGGGCGCCUCCAACCCACGACUCAUCUCCGCUCAUACUUAUCCACAAGGCUGAAGGCUCUUUGGAGGAGCUUAAAGUGGCCAGAUCUGCGAUGCGGCCCAGAGUCGACUCCACGUCCUCCGCCAGCAGCUGCUCGUCUGACGCCUCGAGCGACAGUUCCUCCUCGUCCACCACGGCCUCCCCUUCCUCUUGCUCUUCAACCUCAGCUUCGGAUGAUUAUGACUCCCAAGACGACUUCGAGGACGACGAGGAGGUGGAUCAGGAGGAUGGCGAGAGCGUGGCAUGCGACGACCCGGUUUGCACCAGAGCGACUGCCUGGGUAUGGGUGCCGGGGGGCAAGGGGAGGGGCCGCAUCCCCAAUGUGGGGCUGGGCAAAGACUUGACGGAUGCGUCAGUGUGUGAGGUCAUACGUCUGAACAGUUCGGGGAGGAAUUCGGGUUACUCGAAUUUCGAUUUUGCUUUCCUCGUGCAGAGCAACGACGAAUAUUCUCGUCUACUCAGAGGAUUACUCGAUGUCCAGAAUAAGAUGAAAGAGCUCACGCCUCAGCACAUCCGCCAGCACUUCGACGUCGCCUUCAAACAGGUCGAACUCCUCCAGCAAUUUCAACUCGAACUGAAUGAGGCUGUAAGAGCCUCUCAGGGAAACCUAGAGGCCCUGGCAGAGGUCUUCCAGAACGACCAGUUUUCCUCUUAUAAGACGUACAUCCUCAUGAUGCCAAGAGUUCAAAAGAAACUUAACCAUUACUCCUCUUACUUUCAGGAGCACUUUCCCAGUUUUAGAAAGAACCUCAUGACCCCUUCGCUUCGAGUCCAUUUCUAUGCUUUGGUCUUGAAGUCUCUGAAAUCUCGCGGCAGCAGGAGCGAGCGAGAGAGCCUCCAGAGAGCCAUAGAUUACUUAAAUCUCGUCAACCGGAAAGCCAACACGGAGAUGACGGUGGCCAGCGUCAUGGAAUGCCCGGUGGAUCUCAGGCUCUCGGGCGACCUUCUGCUCGUUGACGAAUUCUAUUACGUGGCCGGACCCCUUGCCAAGAAGAAAUAUACGCUGGUCUUAUUUGAACACAUCUUGCUCUUCACUCUGUCCAGCAUCACCUGCUUUAGGCUCAUGACUUACUGCAGGCCUGGUCAAAUGGAGUCCAUAGAGAGUGGGUCCGAGAAUGAGCUGAACCUUUAUGUGAAACCGACCAACAAACAACAGGUCAUCCGACACGUGUUUAGGCCUCGGAACGCGUCUGCUCGAAGCGUUUGGGAAGAGAAACUGCAAAAUUUUGUGCCAUCCUACAAAAGCAGUUCGAGAAAGAGUCUGAGUGUGACACCACGAACCGCUGACCUUCUCCCUCUGAGUCUCACGUCGGAGUAUCCCCAACUCCAGGCUGCUCUGGCCAUGGCUCCCAGGAACACGCAGUCAGGCUCCCCUGGACCAUUGGAGACUUUCAACGAAGAGGCUCUACAAAACCUUGUAGUUCGCGAGGAAAAUUACGUCAGACAGUUGUCUCAGAUUACACAAGAAAACCGCGAACUUCCGAGGUUCAUUUUAAGUAUCCUAACACGAGUCCUGAGCCUCCAUAAUAGGAAUAUCCUCCCCAAGUUUAAAAAGGCAUGCCAACAAAGUCUGCCAAAAGUACUCCUUUGCUUUGAAGAUAUCAUGGUCCACCUGGCGAUAUACAGCGAAUACUUCGCCGCCAGCGUCCAGGUGGCCCACUUGCCAGACUCCGCCGAGCAGCCAGACCCCGUCACGGCGCCCAUCCGCCACUUCGUCUUCUACCUCUCGUGGUUAUCCGAGCGAGGACGCCAGGCGGAGGCCAUCGUGGCCGGGCUGCACACCGUGGUCGCCGACGCCAGGGCUCGCAUCCUCAGUGAGGCCAUCGUCAACAGCCGAGUCGACUUCUUCAGGAGCGGGAAAGUCCUCCGCUGCGACACGCUGCGAGUGGCGACACCACACAAGGGCAUAAGGGAUGGACUCUACCGGGCACUCCUGUUCAAGAAACUCAUUAUCCUGACGAGGGUGAGAGCGCCCUUCUACGAAUACGUGUGCGACAUCAGGCUAGACGAGGUCAACCUAGGUCCCCUGAAGGGCUCUCAUCCGACGGACUUCAGACUAGAAGUCAGAAGGGGGGGAGGAAGAGGUCCCCAGGUCUUUGAGUUCCGCGCGCGCACUCAAGAGGUGAGGGACACCUGGCUCGCGCACCUCAGGAAGGAGUUCCACGGGCAGGCAGAGGCGAUAAAGAGGCAGUCCUCUUUCUCUCACUUGUGAACGAAAUGCUCUCCAGCAAUUACUUUGAAAGGAGACUGACAGCCCACGCACCACACGUACAUGCAUGCUCAUUUCAAUAAAUAUGUAUGUACAUACAUUUAUACAUGUAUGGAACUACCUUCAUAAAACGUGUGGUGUGUGUGUAGUUUCUUUCCUCUUUUGUGAAUUUUGAUUUCAGGAAUUGUUUUUGAUUUAGUUGUGUCAACUAAAGGCGUUUUAAGCAGGGAAAGUUCUUGCCUGAAAUCUCAAACGUUUUUCUUGCUAACUCAAGCAUUUCGCUUGCUUUCCCAAGCGACCUCCGUAGAUGGCUAGACUUACGCUUGCUAAGUCAAGCGGUGUACCGUCACCAUGGCAACAGCGUCGGUCGCGUACCGUACUGGUCACAAUCCUUCGAAUGUGGGCAUUGGCCAGGAACUCGACUUAAUAUCAGAUAAAUAAUUUUUUCAUGGUAUCUGAUUCUGUAAUUUUCUUGAAAUCAUAUUCAAAGAAAUUGAAAUAAACUGAAAACGAAAGGAGAUAAUGGA